AUGGAUAUUGAUGAACUUGAAGCGUUAAUUUCCAAGCUUCCAAAUAAUGAUCUUAAUACGUAUGAAUACCUUAAUGUUGAGGAUGAGAUGCCGAAAGGUGGGCUUACAGAUUUUGAAAUAGUUGAUACUAUACGAAAUGCAGAUAAGGAAGAGGAAGAUAUGAUGGAUGAGACCGAAUUUACACCUAUAUCGGAAAAAGUGAGUCCAACAGAUGCAGAAAAGGCUAUGAAUAAAACUAUAAAAUUUUUGUAUGAACAGAGACCAGAAUUUGGUGAUGUAAAUGAAGAGUUAAAGGUUUUAAGAAAAUUACAUAAAAAAGUAAAACUUUUAGUUGUAAAUAAUCUUAAACAGCUUGAUCUUCAUUACUUCCAAUAUAAUAAUAAUGUUUAA